AUGUUUGAAGAAAUAAGAGACCGGCUCUUGCUGGUGUUCAGAUCCGGCAAGUACGCCCAGCUCCCGCCCGCAGACCUGGAGAACCUGUACGGCGUGUCUUCUGUGUUUCUCAGACUGAACGAGUCGCGGCUCGGCCAAUUGGAAUACUACACGUUGCUGGAACUGCACUUCUUCCUUUGUCUGCUCACGUUGCGGGAUAACGAGGCAAAAUCGGCACUGGAUAGGUUCGGCGACAAGUUCGAGGCGCGCUCGAGCGAAAAACUCACUGUGUUAAGAAGCUACUACAUCCAGGUGCUCGGUAAGAAAGACGCCCUUGAGUAUCUGGACAAGGCGUCGGCCCCACUGAUCAAGUCCCCCGUCGACCUAACGUCCAAGCCCGUCAGCCGCGACCCGAAAAGUCUGCGUCUUGUGGAGAAGCGUAAAGUGGCUCUGAAGUCGUCUUCCCCCACAGAAUAUAUCGAGAACCUAUUGCAAUACGUCGACGACAGCCCGUUGGACUACGAGACGUGGAUGGAGCUGGCCGAGCAGUACGUCGACCUAGGCGAGUACGAAAAGGCGUACGAGUGCGUGCAGGAGGUGCUGGUGGGUGCUCCGGGUGCCUACGUGGUGUGGUGUCGGGCAGGAGAAAUAUGUCGCAAGAUUUACGAUAAGGACGCCCGCAGCAAAGACGUGCUGAAACAGGCACAACGGUCGUUCCUCAGAGCAAUUGAACUAUGCGAGCUGCACGCCCGCAGUUGGUGCGGUCUUUUAGUCACAGCAAGAGACCUAAAACAAACCGAGAUAGAAAACCUUGCCCGCACCAGAUUAAACCAACUGGUAAAGGACUCGGCAACAAACCAAUCCGACCUCGACAGAAUCAGCGAAUUCUUAUCUCUCAUUAACUAA